AUGGUCACCGGCUGCGUGCAGAAUGGCGGGGGCAGUGGGUUCGCUGCAGUGAGCUGCAACAGCACCGGGGCCUCCUUGGCCAUGCACACUGAUGCGGCAUGUGCUAGCAACACUACGGAGGAACAAUCCUUCGAUUUGUCAACAUGCAUCGACGAGUACAACAAGUACAUGUCCUGCACGGAGCAGACCGUGGUCACCAUGAAGAUGUACACUGCAGCAGGAUGCAACCAAGCGAACUUGGAGGCGGAAUACUCGCUGCCGCUCGGAUGCCGCGCAAUGGGCAGGGUGUCCAAUGGUCAAGUCACAGCUAUGUCUCAGAAGCUGGAGCUAAACAGCAACAACAACCUCGUGAACAAAAUGUACAACUCCAGCCUUGACUGUUCGGGUACUCAUGUGGAGGUGGAGCUCCCCUGCGAGCAGGUGUGUGUGGACGGCAACACCAGUGAUGCAUUGCCGGAUGGCUGGUUCGCCUAUCAGGGAUCCUGCACGAUUCAAG